AGUCUGGAGCUGUUGUCCAAAGGAUUGGAAGCCAUUUGGCUCCCACUGCUACUUUACAACUGACUUCCUGGCAACUUGGAAUGAGAGUAAGGAGAAAUGCUCCCACAUGGGUGCUCAUCUGUUGGUGAUCCACAGCCAGGAAGAGCAGGAUUUCAUCAACGGGAUCCUGGACACUCGUUGGGGUUAUUUUACAGGACUUUCAGAUCAAGGCCAGAAUCAAUGGCAAUGGAUUGAUCAGACACCAUACAAUGAGAGUGUCACAUUCUGGCAUGAAGAUGAGCCCAACAAUGACUAUGAAAAAUGCGUUGAAAUAAACCAUCAUAAGGAUAUUGGAUGGGGCUGGAAUGAUAUCGUUUGCACUAGUAAACAUAAGUCAAUUUGUCAGGUAAAGAAAAUAUACUUAUGACUUACAUGUCCUCCAUGGCUGUGGGAUUGCAUUGUGAUCUACCAGUACACAGAUAUCU